UGUAUCUUUGGAAGCAUACAUAUAUAGUUCAUUUAAAAUUUCAUAGGAUAUAGAGUGACACGGAUUGAGGAAAUAAGAUAGAAACAAAACUAAGGUUAUUAGAAAAUGGAUUUCAAAAAAUUAAUUCUAAUGAUUUGGAUUGCAUCAGUUCGAUCCGGUCGUCGACUCAUUGGUUAUGAGUUUAGAAGAGAGAGUCCAAUUGGACAGAAACAGUGUUUAAAACUGUGUUCUGUUCAUACUGAUUGUCUCUCGAUCAAUUUUAGUAAAAAUCAACUAUUGUGUGAGUUGAAUUCACAGUCAGAGACCGCUACAGUCAAAGUUAUGGAAAAUACCAGCGAAACGGACGAUUUUAUUUAUAUCUCCAGGAAUUCUUUUUCACAGGAAACCAUUUCUUUGGCCGGAGCUUGUGGCAAUACACCGUGUCCUUUGGGUCAGAGUUGUAUUUCCUCAACCACGGGAGGACAUUCUUGUACUGUAUCAAGAUGUUUUGGAGAGCCCCAACCAGUGCGUUACGGUUAUAGCGCUAGUCUGCCCGGUAAUCUUCACAAUGGUGGAUUCUUUUCUCCAGAAAGCUACGUAGGAGAGAAAAGAAAUUAUACAUGCGCAAAUGGAACAGUUCCAGUCGGCGGAAAUCAGGUCACGUGUUUAGCGAAUGGCCAAUGGGAGAAACCACAAUUCAUAUGCCAAGUCUGCACCGAAACAAGUGACCCUAAGGGAGAGCAAUACUGGGGGACGGUGAACGUGACAGUAACCGGUAAAACUUGUCAGCGAUGGGAGACUACUACUCCGCAUAGCCAUAGUUUCCUUACUCUCGAGGAAAAUUUUUGCCGCAACCCUGACCAAACCAGUCGACCUUGGUGUUACACAGUUGAUCCGAGUGUUCGAUGGGAAUUGUGUGAAAUACCUGUUUGUACAUAGAUAACAAAAUUCAUGGUUUUGAAACAUCAUUAUCAAAAAUCCAAAUGUGAUCUUGACCUUCAGCAAUGUUACAACAGUGCUAGCAACAUAACUUGAACUUUAUUAAUAUACAUGUAUUAGACUGAGUACUAUCCUUUGAUGCCAUCUACAAUAAGAAUAAGGUUUGAAAGAACAAAACGACUCCUGUGAUUGUCUUAAUGAUAGGUAACCCAAUUAUCCACAUACUGAAUUAUACUAGAAGUUAACUAAAGGAAAAUCGAAAAUUAAACUUUAUAGAGAACACUGUGCGGGAUAAUUAAGCCACUGCAAGGUGACAUUUUUGCACUUGCUUAAGAUACAGUUUCCUAAAACUUCAUACACAUGUUUAGGUAUUCCGAACGAGGGACCUUUGUCUAGAAAUUAUAUAAGCACUUUUGUCUUUUGUGUAUUUCACCUGAUAGGUGAGAUAAAGAUAUUUACUAUUCAAAAUAAUUAACCAUAGGAGAACAAAUUUUCCUAUAGGAAAUAUUCAAACUCGAAUAGGAUUUUUAAAAAAUCUUGUAGGACAUAAAUUUUCUAUAAGAAAAAGGUAAUUUUUAGUGGGAUUUUUAUUCAGACAAGCAAUUUUCUUAUAGGAAAUUAAGAUUUCCUAUUGGAUUUAAAACCCUUUUAGAGUUUUGUUCAAAUCAUAUCGGAAUUUUAAUUCUUAUAGAAAAUACUCUAUAUUUAAAUGGUUUUCUCUCUUUGAAAAGGUGUUUUCCUGUAUGAAUUUUUUAAAGGUAAGUAUUUCACCUAACAGGUGAGAUAAAAUGAUAAAGGUGGAUAAAAUAUCCUUAAGCAGUGGUUUUUCAUAUGGCAUAUAUUCAUUUUUGAAUUUUUCGAUAUAUUAAGCUUAGACAGGUGCAAUUGCUACCUUGGCAUUGGCAUAAUUAUCCAGCACAGUGUUAAAGGCAAAAAGCAAAUGGCGUAUUCACAAAUAUUUUUAAUUUGUUCUAAUCAUCACAUUAGUAAUCAUCUCUAAGCUUUUAAAGAUGGUCCUGGAGUGGAUUUAAGAUUAUCUGAUGUAAAUUUUAAAUUGCACGAAGGCAUAAUCUUAGCGUAGACUCCAUAUUUGUUGAAAUGGAAAUGGAUGUCAAAAUUCAGAGAACGUUAUACAUAUAUAAGCGCUUGAUUAGUUAAUCAUUCGUCCUAAAUAUCAUUCCAAACG